GUCAUAUCCGAUACUCGAGCGAGUCUUCAAAACAUGUGAAGUGCACUUGUGUUAUGAAUUUAUUGGAUAACUUCUAACGGAUUAUUGUUUUUUUUAAUGGUUUUUUUUUCGAAAAGGAGCAGACUAUGAAGGCGCUUCCACCUGAAACCGUGCGUCUGCUGUGCAGCUCUCAGGUUAUAACAUCUGUCCUGAAUGUUGUCAAAGAGCUGGUAGAAAAUACACUUGAUGCUGGUUCCUCAAGCCUUGAAGUCAAACUGGAGAAUUAUGGAUUGGAUCGCAUUGAAGUCAGAGACAAUGGUUCCGGAAUCAAAGCCACUGAUGUCCCUGUGAUGGCUGUGAAACACUACACAUCUAAAAUCUCCUGCCACGAAGACCUGGAGCGCCUAGAGACUUACGGCUUCAGAGGAGAGGCUCUGGCAUCUAUAUGUGCCAUAUCAGAGGUGGUCAUUACAACCAAAACUGCGGAUGAUGAUUUUAGCAUUCAGUAUUCAGUCGAUCACAAUGGACAGAUCGUCUCUCAAAAGCCGUCACAUCUUGGCGAGGGCACCACUGUGUGUGCAGCAAAUCUGUUCAAGAAUCUCCCUGUCAGACGGCAGUAUUAUUCCAACACUAAAAAAUGCAAAGAGGAACUGAAGAGGGUCCAGAUUUUACUCACGGCCUAUGCUGUUGUUAAACCUGAGUUAAGGAUCACAUUGAGCCACAACAAGGCUGUGGUCUGGCAGAAGUCCAGGGUGUCGGAUCACCGAACUGCCCUCAUGGCCGUGCUCGGAGCGGCCUCCGUAGCCAACAUGCUCCCCGUCCAGCAUCACCAGGAGCAACCAGAGAUUGGCAUCGAUGGAUUCUUUCCCAAACCGGGCUCAGAUUUUAAUUCCACCAGCUCCUCUACGCCUGAUAAAACAUUCAUCUUUGUUAAUAGUCGACCUGUGCAUCACAAAGAAAUACUUAAGCUUUUUAAGCAAUACUACACCAGCGCUCAAUCUAAUAAAGAAUCUGCCAAUCGCCGUUAUCCCUUUGUGUUGAUAAACAUCACCAUACCUCCCUCGACUGUGGAUGUUAACCUGACUCCUGAUAAAACCGAAGUGAUGCUACAGAACAAGGAAGAAGUCCUGUUAGCAUUGGAGACUAUGUUAAUCUCCUUGUAUGGGUACUCCAUUGACAAUGAUGAUCUCAAAUCUGGAGGAAAUCGCCCUGGUGUUAGUUCUGUGAAUGCACCUGAACACACUGAUGUAGUACCUACACCUUCCACUGAUGUUAGUUUGGAAGAUGCAGAAUUACUUGAGAUUUCUCCUGCAAAUGCCGAUAAACAAGAUGGUGAGCUAUCCUUGAGCAACACCGCAAACACCAGCUCCUCUUCGAUUUCAGAGGAUUGGGUGAUCAACAGAAGCUCAAGUGAUUUCGACAGUAUUAAUUCCUCAUUACCCGCUGACGAUGUUGUAAUGAACUCUACAGCUGAUCUAAACUGUAACUCCCCAAAGGCGUCUAAGAGUGACAGCGGCCCUGGUCAAGAGAGCGAAGUGUCUGCUGAGAGCUGGAGCACGGGCAAGGCCUUCUCAAAUGAAGUCACCAGAGAAAGCCUAGAACCUGUGAAACUACAUGUCCCGAAAGCCCAUGAAGCCCUCGGAGGAACCCAGCCCACAUGCACGAGGUCCAGCCCGUCCAAGAGGCCUUCUAACGUUAUUAUGGAGAAAAUGGCCAAGCUGACAGCCUACGAGCUGAUCAGCAACCGCUCCGUGCGUCAGCCCUCGUCUGCCUUUUCACUGUUUGAGCAAGACACCAGAUCGCUGGUCCUCCAGGAGAGCCCAAGAGCCAGUCCUCAGGAUGUCACAACUGCUGUGAAAGAGAGAUGGGAAAGCCUCGGGGAGGAAGACCGCAAGAAGUAUGAAAGCAAGGCAGAAAAGUCUCUGAACGCCUACAACCUUCAAAGGAAGAGGGCAGCGGAGGGAGGUGGCCAGUGCGGAGAGGGCAAGAAGCAGAUGAGCGCCGAGUCUUCAUUGAACAAAGCUCAAGGCGUGAAGCGCAAGGCCCCCCUCGCCAACCAGCAGGCCCUGGACAAACUCUUCUCCUCUCAGCCCUCGAGUAAGAGGAGCCCUGCCAAGCUCUCCAAACCCCUCCCGUUCAGUAUUGCAACCCUCAAGCAGAGUCUUAACCUCCUCUCCUACCAGAACAGCUCAAGUGCGCAGGGCCUCAGGCUUGUAAACCGCUUGGCUUCUCACGGUGCCUGGGUCGUUUUAUGCGGCAGAAAGCUCAUGCUGUUGAACCCGUUUCGAGUGGAGGAGGCCUUGCUGUUUAAAAGACUUCUGGAGAAUAAUAUACUUCCAACCGUGAGGCUGCAGACCCCUGUACAGCUGACAGAUGGAGUGCUUGGUGGGCCUGAGUACAUGGAUGUUCUCCUGAACAUGGAGAAAGGCAGCGCCUGCUUCAAUGGAGACAUCUAUUUCACUGAUCCUAGGCUCGUGGCAAAUGGUUUUGAGAUUAAGAUGAUUCCAGAUGCACCUAGGGAAAAGCAAUCAUCUUUAAAUCAUCUGUUGAAAACCUCCUCCACCUUGGUUUUUCUUUCCAGUCCACAAAGACAUGGUAAUAGCGUAAUUUGGUGCGAUGCCCGCCUGACUUGGUUUCCAACCAGUUUCUCGUCUUCUGAGAGGCAUGUUGAAGUGACGGGCAUGGCCGACUGCAUGCCUUUCUUCGGGAUAGGAGACCUGAGGGAGAUUCUGCGGGCUAUAAAGGUCCAGGAUGCAAAAACCGUGGAGCAAUGUAGACCUCUCAAAGUCUCAAACUACCUAGAGAGUGAAGCUGUGAGACUAGCUAGACAGUUACCGCUGAACCUCACCAGAGCUGAUGUUACAAAUACGCUUUGCCGAAUGAAACAGGAACUCGAAGAGGAGAGUCAGGUCUGCAUUCACAGACGACCAUUUUUUCACAAUCUGGUUACCGUUCCUGAAACUGAGCAGGAUGCUCAGCAAAUCAUAUCUAAUUCUUGCUAAGGACUGAAACCAAAUUGUCACACUAACAUUUAUUGUACCAUAUACUAGUAUGAAAGUUGUGAUUUGGAAUAAUAAAUGUUUGCCUUGUUGAAUUACGGUUUUAAUUGAUGAUUUGAGAUGUAAAUGAUUCUGAUUGUCUGUGUUUAAUCAAGAAGAAUAUGUAUUGCUUAGGUGGUUUCCAACCAGAAAGAACUGCAAGAUCUAUGCACACGCAUCACUAUUUCAUAUUUCAUAUCACACCAUGUUGCAAACAGAAUAAAUGUAAUUAAGAUUUAUUAAAUGGCUGUUUCAGUCCAGAUCUGACAUCGCUGGGUCAUGAGUGAUGUUAAUUUUUACGAACGAUUUUAUGAGGGCAAAAAAAAUCUGAAUAUCAAUUACGAUACAAAAUCAAUUUUCAUUGAUGGUUUGCUUUUCUGUCUUAAUCUAUUCCGGAAAAUUACUGAUAAUGAAGGAAAUGGCAAUCGCUCAACUUUAAAUGUUUGCCUUGUUGACUUUUGAUUAGAAAAGAAAACAAGCCAGAACUACUGACCCCACAGCAGAUGCUAGUGAACCACAAAAUUUAAUGCAGUGUGGUUGUAAAUUCACUUUCCCCCAAAAAUCAGCACCUUAAAUGCUGAUCAUGAAAGUCGGCGCUAGGGGCCCAUAAAGCCAGAAGGGUUGGGCUCUGGGUUUUGCCGAAAAAGUGUGCAGUCACAGUCAGGGACCUCCAAUUACCAGCUGAAAAUAAGGCUCAGAUGCUGUGAAGUUUUAACAGUUGCUCCCCUGUAGCCAUAUGGUUUGUGGUUUUUUAGUGUUUGAUCAGUUCCACGAACUGCAUUUUAACCUCUGGGGACCCAGUAUUUCAUGUUCGUCCUCUGUAGAGGACACGAGUCCACAAUUUUGAGUCUUUAUUUUUUUAAGGAAAUGAAUACCUUUAUUCCGACUGAUCAAAAUUGUGAACAGUAAAGACAAUAUUACAAAAAAAUAAAUAUUUAUUUCAACAUUGCAUUGUAUCUUGUUUUCCAAAACCAUAUUAACAUGUUUUUAACAUUGACAAUAAUAUGUAAUGAUUCUUGAGCACCACACCAACAUUUUCUUAAGGAUCAUGUGACAUUAAGAACUGGAGAAAAAAACAAUUUUCAAAUAAUAAAUUUUUUUAAAUUGUUACAAUAUUUUGUAAUAUUUUGACUGAAUUUAUGUGUACGAUGCAGAACAAUAUUAAAUAAUCCUUUAAUAAAAUGAAUGGUAGUUUUCCUAGUUAAAAGGAAAGAAAAACAUUUAAAGAAAAUGUAGGAACCUUGUUUCAUUCUUAAAGAAUGAUAAAAAGCACAACAUAAAAC